AAGGAGAGUACAAUUAGGCUCGGUUAAAAGUCACAAACUCGGAACAACCCCAAAACCUCCUUCGUUCCUCUCGUUGCACUUCCCCGCUUUCGAACCCAAGCAAAAUCCGCCACACCGUCUUCACCGUUAUUCUCAGCUAUUGGGCUUCCAAAUAACUUCCAAAAUCGAAGAAAUCCAAGCACUCAAUUGCCAUCGGAGCCAUCCAAAUCCGGAUUUUACAACCUAAUUGUUGUUAUAUCUCUGAUUGAUUCAUCAAAUCAAUCAAAUUCCAAUCGAUUCAUCAAAUCAAUCAAAGUCCAAUCGAAAGCCUAAGCCAAGGUUACGAAACAGAGGCUUCAAGAUACUGGAGAGAGAAAGAGAGAGAAUUAGGCUCCACCUACACUUACAGCCACAGAAACCCCAAAACCUGUCAUAAGGCGUGGAGUUUCGCAGUUUAGUGUGUUGCAAAUGGAUGUGGAAUACGAUCUAGAUGAUUCUCCAAUGAGAGAGCAUCGGGAGGAAGGGGUAUUUGAUGAUUUAGAUGAGAAUGGGACUGACAAAUCAAACAGGCAUCGCAGCAAGGAUCGGAAGAAGAGUAGCCGAGGGGAAGAGAAGGACACUAGAAGUAAAGACCGGGAGCGGUCGAGGAGAAGUAGUGAUGAUUUUGUAAAGGAAAGAGAGAAAGAAUCUAAAGAUUCGGAAAAGGAUCGAGUAUCUAGCAAGGAAAGGAGGAAGGAUGAUAGAGAUGACCGCUAUAAGGAUAGGAGUAGAGAUAAUAAGGUGAGGGAGAAAGAUUAUGAUCGAGAGAGUCAUAGAGAAAUGGAACAUGAGAGGGGGAAAGAUAGAAAGGAUAGGGGAAAGGAAAAAGAGCGGGAGAAGGACAGAGAGGUAGAGAAGGAUAAUGAUCGAGGACGAGACAAGGAGAGGGGGAAAGAAAAGAUUAAGGACAGGGAUAAGGACAAGGAAAGGGAAAAGGAAAGAGACAGGGCAAAAGAAAAGGAAAGAGAAAAAGAGAGAGAAAAACAUAAAGAUAGAGAGAAAGGGAGGGAAAACUAUAAAGAUACUGAUAGGGAGAGGUUGAAAGACAAAUACAGGGAAAAGGAGAGGGUGGUGGAUCAAGAUAAGGAUAAAUCAAGAGAUAGAGUAAACCGGAGAAGCCUUGAUGAGAAUUAUGAAUGGAGCAAGGAUGGGGGAAGAGAUGAUAAAGCUAAGCUAAAUGAGGAGUAUACCGGGGAUAAAGACAUUAAGCAAGGGAAGGUGUCCCGUAAUGCUGAGGAUGAACGGAAAGCCGAGGGCUUAUCAGGCGGAGCACAUCUAUCAGCAUUGGAGCUUGAGGAACGCAUCCUGAAGACAAAGGAGGAGAGAUUAAAGAAGAAGAAAGAAGAUGUUCCUGAGGUUUUAGCAUGGGUCGGUAGAAGUCGUAAGCUCGAGGAUAAAAGGAAUGCUGAAAAGCAGAAAGCAUUGCAGCUUUCUAAGAUUUUUGAGGAACAGGACAAUAUUGGUCAAGGAGAGAGUGAAGAUGAGGAGACAGCUCAGGAUACCACUCAUGAUCUAGCUGGGGUUAAAGUUCUUCAUGGCCUUGACAAAGUAAUGGAAGGUGGGGCAGUUGUUUUAACACUCAAAGAUCAGAACGUUCUAGCAGAUGGUGAUAUUAAUGAAGACAUUGAUAUGCUUGAGAAUGUGGAAAUUGGAGAGCAGAAGCAGCGAGAUGACGCUUACAAGGCAGCAAAGAAAAAAACGGGGAUUUAUGUUGAUAAGUUUAACGAUGACCUCAAUCCAGAGAAGAAAAUUCUUCCACAAUAUGAUGAUCCAGUCCCAGAUGAGGGGUUAACUUUAGACGAAAGAGGACGCUUUACUGGUGAAGCAGAAAAGAAACUCGAAGAGCUGCGUAAGAGGAUACAGGGUGUUCCCACGAACAACCACUUUGAAGAUCUCAACAUGUCUGGAAAUAUCACAUCUGAUUUUUAUACUCAAGAAGAAAUGCUUCAAUUUAAAAAGCCCAGGAAAGGGAAAAAGAAAUCCUUGCGGAAGAGGGAGAAGCUAGAUUUAGAUGCCCUUGAAGCAGAAGCAGUGUCCGCAGGAUUGGGUGUUGCAGACCUUGGUUCUAGGAAUGAUGCAAAGAGGCAGGCCAAUAAAGAGGAGCAAGAAAGAUUGGAAGCUGAACGGAGAAAUAGUGCAUACCAGUUGGCUUAUGCUAAAGCAGAUGAGGCAUCCAAAUCAUUGCGUCUGGAACAAACUCUUUCUGUUAAACCAGAGGAAGAUGAAACUCCUGUCUUUGCAGAUGAUGACGAUGAUCUCUAUAAAUCUUUAGAGAGAGCAAGGAAAUUGGCUCUUAAAAAGAAAGAGGAGGAGACGGCAUCUGGUCCACAAGCAAUUGCACUCCUUGCCACCACCACCACUGCCAGCAGUCAGACUGCCGAUAGUCAAAUCCCCUCAACUGAAGAGUCACAGGACAACAAGGUCGUCUUUACAGAGAUGGAAGAGUUUGUCUGGGGCCUCCAGCUUGAUGAAGAAUCUCACAAGCCUGAAAGCGAAGAUGUUUUUAUGCAAGAAGAUGAAGAGCCCAAACCUUCCCAUGAAGAAAGAAUGAAUGAACCUGGUGGAUGGACUGAAGUUAAAGAUAUGAAUGAAGACGAAAAACCUGCUACUGAGGAUAAGGAGGAAAUAGUUCCCGAUGAAACUAUCCAUGAAGUUGCGGUCGGGAAGGGCUUAUCAGGUGUGUUGAAGCUGCUUAAAGAUCGGGGAACCCUUAAAGAAGGUAUUGAAUGGGGUGGCAGAAACAUGGACAAGAAAAAGAGCAAGCUUUUAGGCAUUGUAGAUGAUGAUGAUGAGCCAAAGGAGACCCAUACAUCACGUCAAAAAAGGGAUGAACACAAGGAUACUCGUCCAUCCUCUUCCAGCCAUCAAAAGGAGACUCGUCCUUCAAAAGUCUAUCAAGAAAAGGAUAUUCACAUUGAGAGAACUGAUGAAUUUGGCCGAACUUUGACACCGAAGGAAGCCUUUCGGAUACUUUCUCAUAAGUUCCAUGGGAAGGGGCCUGGCAAAAUGAAGCAAGAAAAGCGAAUGAAGCAAUACCAGGAAGAACUUAAGUUAAAACAGAUGAAGAGUUCAGAUACACCAUCACUGUCUGCGGAGAGGAUGAGGGACACUCAAGCUCGCUUGCAGACACCCUAUCUUGUACUCAGUGGUCAUGUUAAACCAGGGCAAACGAGCGAUCCCAGAAGUGGUUUUGCUACAGUUGAGAAAGAUUUCCCAGGGGGCUUGACGCCCAUGCUUGGUGACAGAAAGGUUGAAAACUAUCUGGGGAUAAAGCGCAAAGCUGAGCCCGAAAGUUCAGGAACACCAAAGAAGCCUAAAACUUGAAGUUCUCUUUGGCUGAAAUUUGGAGUUGACCUUAAAAAAAUUAAUCUUUGCCCCUGUAAGUACUGUAUCGUAAUGGGCAAGUGGGUCACAUGUGUUGGCCUGGGAUUUUGUCCAAUUUGUUCUGCUACUGGCCGUAAAUAAACUUGUUUUUGACGGAGCUUUGGAGAAAAAUUUCAAGGGUUGUAUUUGCUGUCCAAGGAUUUCAUUUGAUCUGAGGUGUGACUUUUGACCCGGGAGUUCAGACAAGAAUAGAAUCGUAGGUCGAACUAGUGUAGUUAGGGGUGUGGGUGCAGGGUUUUCAUUGGGUUCAUAAAUAGCAUGGAUUCAUAAUACUUAUUCUGUAUGUAAGUAAAAGUGAAACCAAUGGAAACCAAAUUCUGGUGUCGAUACUGCCAGAAUAGUAGUAAUGAAGUCCGUGUUGCUCUUAUUCA